AGCUGCCUGUUUGCUUUUCUUUUGAUAUCAACCCAUACUUUGGCAAGAAGUACUUAUGUGUAAUUCUUUAUCCAUAUAGUUUUUUUUAUUUGGUCAUAACCACAAAGAUAAGGCACUGCCUGCCAGUUGCAACUAGCACAUAAAACCACACUAAUGUACCUGUUCCAUGUGGGGAUGAGACUGCAUCAGUAGCGUACAGCAUGGAGUAAUCCUGCCAUUUACACUGUUGGAGUUUACAUCAUGUUAUAGCAUGUGCUGUCAGGAGAGAUUGGGAACACUCUUCCAGCUCCUUCUGUCCUUGUAUACUAUCAUUAAGCUCCUCAGGUUCAUGCAAUUCCCACAUGUGAAAGUCUUCUGCUUGCUGUGUCUCCUGGCUUUCCUUUUCUCUGCACCUAUCUGGGGUUGUCUGUGUCAGGCAGUGUUGUCCAAACAUACUAAAUCCCUUACUUUGUUGGUCUCAAUUUCCAGAACAGAUCCACAGAUCUUAUUUUGAGUGGUGGCUUCACUUGGAAACAGGUGUAAUGUCAGCGACCGUCACGAAACAAAAGUGAUGGACAGAGCCUCACCUCAGAGCCAAUCUGUAUCAGGGCUGGGGUGUGUUGAAAGGUUCUGGAGCUGAUGUCAUAAUGUCACAAGUCCAUUGAUGUCCCAACAAAGCUUCAUCUGCUUAGGGAGUAAAAAGGACCAGGAGAAACAGAGAAGCAAUUUCAGCACAUCCAUGCUAGAUAAAAGCCAGGCCUGUUUUCUGUUGCUGAGACUGCAUAUCACAACAUUUCUUCUGGAACAGCAAGCUCUGAUGGGAACAAGAAUGCUCAGGAUGCCAAACUGCCUGCUAAAGUUGACCCGCGUGGUGCUGGGCCACAAGCUCAGGACUCUCUUCAUCCUUGCCUUUAAGUUCAUGUCCUUUGUCUCCAUCGUGUUGUACUGGAGGAUCACGGGGGACUCUAAGGGCAGGGACCAAGUCUACUUGCCUGUUCAGAUCCGCUGUGCUCACUCUGUUCCGUCUCCUCCCUUCGCUGUUGCUGAUGGACCUCCUCCUCCCCCAGGAGAUGUGUUUUUUGUGGAGACCUCUGAACGAACCAACCCAAAUUACCUGUUCUUGUGCUCUGUGGAAUCAGCUGCCCGGACACACCCGGGGACGAGGGUUGUGGUGCUCAUGAAAGGUCUGGCAAACAGAAAUGCCUCUUUACCCAACCACUGGGGCUUCUCACUGCUGAGCUGCUUCCCCAAUGUGGAAAUCCGUCCCUUGGAUUUGCUGGAGCUAUUCUCUGGGACACCUCUAGCAAAGUGGUACUUGCAGGCUCAGCAGCGCUGGGAACCGUAUUUCCUACCCAUCCUGUCUGAUGCCUGCAGAAUUGCCAUCAUGUGGAAAUUUGGUGGCAUCUACCUGGACACAGACUUCAUUGUGCUUAAGAACUUAAAGAACCUCACCAACGUGCUUGGUACCCAGUCCAAGUAUGUACUGAAUGGAGCCUUUCUGUCCUUUACACCCAAACACAAGUUCAUAGAACUUUGUAUGCAGGACUUUGUGGAGAAUUACAACAGCUGGAUCUGGGGGCAUCAAGGCCCACAGCUCCUAACACGUGUCUUUAAGAAGUGGUGUUCCAUCAGGAGUCUUCGGAGCAGUAAGAGCUGCAAAGGGGUGAGUGCUCUGCCCCGAGAGGCUUUUUAUCCCAUUCGAUGGCAGGACUGGAAGAAAUACUUUGAAGUGGUCAGCUCCAGUGAGCUGAAUGAACUCCUGAAGAACACCUAUGCUGUGCAUGUAUGGAACAAGAAGAGCCAAGGGACAAGGCUAGAGAUCACAUCGCAGGCUUUGCUGGCUCAGCUGCAUUCUCAUUUCUGCCCUGCCACAUAUGAUGUCUUGAAGACGGACUUUAAAUGGCAGUGACUCCAAGGAUCAGCUAACAGAUAUUGCCUGGGAGCUCCCAACCAUUCAGCUGUUCCAUCUCAGAAAAACUUUGUUUGAAGUGAAGGUGGUGGGAGUUGAGGAUAAAAGCCAUUUGAAGGGUUUCAGUGGAGCCUGUAUUUUCAGCCCAUCUGUGUAGCUUCUUGUCUUGACUUUAACAGUAUUUUGGUUCUCUGCAGGACCUUCCUUUUGCUCUCCUCAGUCAGGUGGAGGAAUCUCAGGUUGAGGAGCAAGUGCUGGGCCACUUGUGGCUGCCUCCAUAAAUCUCCUGGAAGAAUAAGACGUCUUUCUGUAGCUGCAAAUCUGGAAGGGGCCUUGUAGAAACAUGUAUCUUAUCCUCGGUCACUGACUCAAAGCAACAAAAUGAUGGGAGAUCAAAGAACAGGAACUGAAGAGGUUAAGGUUGUGCUUGAAGAGGUGUCUUGAGAAAAAAAUGUGUAGGAAGACAGAGACAAAAGGUGAAAUGGCUAAAGUGAUGCCUUUUUCUUUCCAUUCCUUUCUCUUCUGAAGACUUUGACGGAAGAGACUUUCUCAUGUCUGGUCCGAGGAGAGAACAGGACACUGGAGUCUCUGUUCAGUGUUGUAGGUUUUGCUUGGAAAUUUGGUAUGAAUCAGAACAUGAGGAUCUGAGUCUAGGUUCAUCAUUUAGAAGGACUUCUUGCACAGCAGUGAUUUGUGUUAUAGUAAUAGCAAAUUAACAUCCUGUAAUGAGCAGGAGAGCUCUCCCAAAUCAUACCUUAAAUUGCACAUGACAUAGGAAGAGCUGAACUGUCUUUUACGCUGGGCUUGUAAGUGUGACCAAAUUUCCACAAUGAUAUCUAUGAUCAUUCGGUGCUUAAACUGGUCCUAAAGGGAAAGAAGUGAUAUUUCCAAGUAUUCCCAAAGUUACAGAGAGUUUAGUGGAAACCUUUACUGUCUAAAUUCAAGUCCAGGAACUAAGCCAUUUACGAUGGACUUCUUCAGGUAGCCUGAAGCCUUCUGCAGUUCACUAUUCAUUGUGCAGAAGUAUAAAUCUCUCCUGGGAGGUCAGGAGAAGUGCAGUAAAAAGGCGUACUCUUCUCCUCUGAGCAUUUCACUGAAUUACGACUGAGAAAGUUAAUGUAUCACUUGUACGGUGCUGUUGUACCUUUGAUGUUUUCCACCAUAGCGGCAAAUGUGUUGGACACAUGAUGGCAAAAAAAGUGUCCUUUGCUUUGAUAGCUAAAAGGAUGUAUUGGUUCUCUUAUGGUUCAUUAUAUAAAAAAUAUCGGAGAAGGAGCAGCAAGAAGCAAAAGUAAGGUAGAAACCAUAAGCUUCCUUAUCUCGGUUUUUUACCACAACUGAAAGGGGUUUUCUGAGGCUCAUGAGCUGGCACUACAGUGGGAUUGGCAGAGGUGAACAAAGUAUUGUCCGCUGCAGUUUUCUGAGGCCUCUUCUGUUUCCCGUGUCAAACAGAAGCAAGGUGAGGUUUGUUCAACUUAACCAAAAAACCGUGUGUGCAAAGACAACAUUUCUCGGGUUGUCUUGGGUUUCUUUCUCUUUUCUUGGAGGUUAAAAGCAAGAAAGCCAAAUUGGCCUUGGAGAUGGCCAUCUUCCUUGAGAUAGGCCCACACAAAAUGACCACUUUAGGGCCAUUAAACAGCAUCUUAUCUCUCUUUCUUAG